AAUGUGGCGGUUGUGGUGUCCGUGCUGACACUGACCAGUAUCUCCAUAGAACGCUGGUUCGCCAUCUGCCAACCUUUGACCUUCCAACAGACCAAGAAAAGGGUCAUUAUUUGUGUUGUUGCUAUAUGGGUCAUAGCCAACUUGGCCUCCAUACCUAGGUUAUUUAUGAUGCAGGAAUUCCACGACAACUUAUUCCCGCCAAACGUGACGGUCCUACUGACCACAUGUGCCCCCCGAGACGAGUCCGAGGCUCGCAAAUACGAGAUAUUCCUAGUGGUAGCCUUCUUCGCUGUGCCCAUUGCCAUCAUGGGCUACAACUACACGGCCAUUGCUGUCUGCCUGUGGUCAAGCUCCAGUUCUACCAAGCAACUGACAGGCGGUGACCAACAAGCCAUUGUAUCCCAGCUGAUGGCCCGCCGUCGCACUGCCAAGAUGCUGGUGGUCGUCGUCAUUGUGUUCUUCCUGUGUUUUCUACCCAACUACAUCUGGAACAUUCUCAGGCAUUCUACAAAUGUCAACCUGGAGUCCAUCAACGAGUCAGUGCCGGCCAUCACCCUUAUCACCCAGCUACUUGUCUACACCAACAGUUGCACCAACCCCAUUAUCUAUAACUUUAUGUCCGGAAAAUUCCGUAAGGAGUUCCGGUCCGCCUGUGCCUGCUGUCUUCGUUGUCUCAAGCAGAAAAAGCCACUCCACAGUCAAAUCCAUGAGAUGGAGCCAUUAUCCACAAAAAGAGAGUUGUUUAGUAGUGUUAUGACAU